AUGAUUUUACUAAAGUUAGCAUGCAGGCCCGUGAUAAAGCAGGUCCGUCGUUUGCUGUCCACGCAGCAGAGGAGCAUAGGGCCGGUGGUGUUCCACAAGUUGGAGGGCGCGGACCGCGGCGUCGCAGUGUACGGCCUCAACAGCCCUAAGGACAGGAACGCUCUGGGAUUCGACCUUAUCAAGGCCAUGAAAGAAGUCCACAAGCUGAUAAGAGAAGAUUCAGAAAUAUCUGUUGUCAUACUGCACAGCAUGGUGCCAGGCAUUUUUUGCGCCGGAGCCAACUUAAAGGAGCGCUUCCAAAUGUCUGAUGCUGAAGUUGCAACUUUUGUGAGAGGUCUGCGUGGAACAUUUAUAGAAGUGGAAGACCUGCCCAUGCCAACUAUAGCAGCAGUUGAAGGUGCAGCUGUUGGUGGAGGCCUGGAGCUGGCCUUGGCUUGUGACCUCCGUGUAGCAGCUCACACAGCCAAGCUAGGGCUUGUGGAGACUGGUAGAGGUCUCAUACCGGGUGCUGGUGGUACUCAAAGGCUACCCCGAGCCAUACAUGUAAAUGUUGCUAAGGAAUUGAUAUUCACUUCUCGAAUCAUUGAUGGUGAUACAGCAUUUUCAUUAGGAUUGGUUAAUUACAGUGUGCCGCAAAAUAGUGAGAAGAAUGCAGCUUUUGAAAAGUCUUUGAGUCUGGCUCGGGAGAUCAUCCAGAAUGCACCAAUAGCACUGAGGUGUGCCAAGCAGGCUGUCAACGAGGGUCUGCAGCUGGACAUUAAGCAGGGCUAUGAUGUGGAGCAGAAGUACUACGAGAUCAAUAUCCCAACCAAGGACAGGCAAGAGGGAAUGAUCUCUUUUUUAGAGAAACGAAAACCCAAAUAUCAAGGACACUGAUCUGUGAUACAUGAUGAUUCUGGUUCUUAAUAAGUGUUCAUAUUUGUUACUAUUUGAAUAAGUUUUAGAUGUAUAUUUUUGAUACCUUUUCAGAAUGUUAAAGUUAAGUAUUAAGUUUCAAGUUAAAAUAAAAUCUUUCUCCUUCCAUCAUCUUCUUUGUGUAAAACAUUUUUAAAUUUGCACUGGUAUGUAAGCGUUAACAUAAAAACAUCUGUAUAACAUGUAACUUUUUAUUUCCUUACAAGUCAGUUCUUUCACAUAUUACAAAUUAAUUUCAUCAUUCUCCUUACUAUGUACACAAAUAACAAGCCUUAUCACAGCAGCCUCUUACAGUCAGUAUUAGCUGAGUUUGAGGCAUUCCUUCAGCUGUUGUUUAGUGUCAUCAGGGGAAGUCACUCUGUGUCCAAUAGUUCGAGGAUCAUUGUAAAUCUCAUGGUCAUUGCCUCCGGCUUCUGUUUUAUCACCAAAAAAGUGAAUCUCCUCAAAAUUCUCAUCUACAACAUGUCUGAGACAAUAUGUCUUGUCCCACCCUGUGGGGAACACAUCCACGCUAAUCUGCCCACCCAGGGCAAAUGUUAAUGGUGUAUCUUUAAAUUCACUUACAAGAGCAGCAACAAAUUGUUCCCUUAUCUUAUGUUCUUUGUCAAAAACUGAGAAUUGUUCCCUCUCAGCCUGAUUGCAGGAGCGGCCCACCGGGCAGAGGUUGAUCAUGCUGGAUCGAAACUCCACAAAGUUGCCUCUCUUGGCUGGGAGCUCCAACAUAGACAUGUAUCUGAGAGCAAAAUUGAUGACUUUUUGUAACAUCUGCUCCCCCAGGCAGCUGAGGAUGCUCUCGGAGCUGCGCAGCUCACCCGCGCGGUAUUGCACCACGCCAUUCUCACAGAACACGUAAUCGAACUGCGAUGCCACACUCUCGCCGCCCAUCUGCUCCACAAUUUUUGCGUAGUCUGAACCACUAACGAGACCCACGGAUGCGCGCGGCUUCA